AUGUCAGACUCCACCACAACAUCAUCACCAUCCUCGGAUUUCGAUUCCAGCUUCAACGAUGCGCAAGACACGUUCAAUAACACCACGAAGACCAUAACUACCGGCUGGAUCGUGGGCAUCGUCAUCAUAUGCGUGGCGGUCAUCAGCCUCAGCAUCCUAGCUUUCAUCGUCUACAGGAGAAACCAGAGGAGGCGUAGGGCGAGGGAAGGCAACGUCGAGAAGUACAACGCCGUACCUACGUACACAUACGGGAACCAGGCGCCCGCUGCGAACGCCUACCCCCAGUCCCUACAGCCGAACGCGUAUCCCGAGAUGGCCGGCUCCAACCCGCCGUCGAGAUAUGAGGUGCCGAACACGGAGAUGGCGUACAGAGAGGCGCCUAACUGCGAGGUGGCGGUGGCGCAUCAGCAUUCGUCUCCUACUUAUACGUCCCCGCGGCCGGAGUUGAGCGGCAAUGACAGUCGACGGAGUGAGCUGCCGGUAUGA